AUGGCGGAAUCUAAAAAGUCCAUCCACGACACUGAUUUGUCUAAGAAUAUUUUUUGCAAUCCAGCAUUUGAGCCAGACAAUGAGUGUGAUGAAAUGAAAGAAGUGUUUAUGGUUGCCAUAUCCCCAGAACCUACCAAAUCUUCUGGAACUCGAGACUGCAGCGUGAUCAGUCUGUGUGUGGUGUGUAUGAGGGAGAAGCGGUGCAGCUGGCGAGCGCUGGUGGUUAUAGCAGCUGCUCUGUUGUUGUUGGCUGUCCUGGCCCUCACAUUAGUUCUUGUACUCCAACACAUAAAUGGAGACCAGUCUGAGGAAAGAAUGUUGUCUCAAAACUCAUGGAGUGGAGAUACUACACCACAGAUUCCAGUCCCAAAUCUUACCAUUCUUUCUCCUGAAUACAGCUCACUAGCUCCAAGUCUUGAGCAAGAGUCCACCCCCUUUAAAGUGUGUGGUGGAGUCCUGACUGAUUCAGAGGGCCUUAUUAGCUCUCCAAACCACCCCAACCCAUACCCUCCUGACUCUAUGUGUGUCUGGGUGAUAAGGGUGUCUCACCCGUAUGUGGUCCAGCUCCACAUCUCCUUCCUGGCGAUCGAGGGACCAUCACCAUGCCUCUUUGAUUGGCUGGAGCUUAGAGAAGAAAUGGAGCAAAGUACUACAGUCAGUAGGUACUGUGGCAAUGUGGCUCCCCCCACAAUAAACACAAACAGCAGCACUGUAUGGGUGUCGUUCCGAUCCGACAGCAGUAUCGGCGGCAAUGGCUUCACUGCACAGUAUCAUGCCAUCCUUCUGUGGCAAAAAAGCUGCUCUAAAGAGGAGUUUAUGUGUGACAGCGGCAGGUGCUUGUUACCUGUGUCUGUUUGUGACAGCCAUCCAAACUGUCUGGACCAAACAGAUGAAGCCAACUGCAGCCAGGAACACAAUAACUGUGGAGGUCAGAAGACCGGUCCUAGUGGUUCACUGUCCAGUCCAAAUCACCCAAAGCCGUAUCCUAACCAGCAGAGAUGUACAUGGCAAAUAUUUGCAGAGGAAGGUCAACUUAUCAGAUUAAGUUUUCACAACUUUAGCCUGGAGACUCAAGAUAACUGUGAGUUUGACUACGUCGAGGUGCAUGACAGUUCCAGUGCUAAAGAUGGCAGUGUGCUAGGGAGGUACUGUGGCUCAGAUCUUCCUCCUGUCCUGACCUCGUCUGGGCCUGUAUUUACUGUGGUCUUUGUGGCUGAUGAAGGUGUUGCUGACAGUGGGUUUUAUGCCUUCUAUCAGGUCAUCGCUGUCUUACAAAGAAGCUGCAGUCCUGAUCAGUUUGCCUGCACCACAGGGGAAUGUCUGCACCAAGACUGGCUCUGUGACGGCUGGAACGACUGCACAGAUGGUGCAGACGAACAAAACUGCAGCAAUGCGACCUACCCUUCCUUUACUUCAUCUUGUGAACCUCUUUGGGUAGAGAUGUGCCAAGGUCUAAGCUAUAACCUUACAUCCUUCCCCAACAUAUGGCUUUCAAUUGCUGAUCAGAGAGAAGCUGCCCACAUGCUUCUGCAAUACAAGGUUUUAAUGGAUCUGGACUGUUACGAGCCCUUGCGCCAGCUUGUGUGUGCUUUAUUCGUACCACAGUGCAGCAUUCAGGGUGGAGUGUUGCAGCCAUGUAGCUCAGUGUGUUCUGCAGCAGAACAGCACUGCGCUCGCGAUGUGGAGCUCUUUAGCUUAAGCUGGCCCUUUAACUGCCAGCUGCUGCCUCACUUGCAUGGCGAUACACAGUGCUCGCUGCCCUAAAAUAUACUACUGCUAGGACAGAUGUUUCCAUGAUUUAUGGUGGUACUGUUUAUUAUUUAUUAGGAUUUUACUGUCAUGUUUUUACACACUUUGGUUACAUUCAUGACAUAUGUGGUAAUUAUUUCUUACACAAGAUUCAUCAGUUCACCAGUUUAAUGUCAAACAGUCAUGGACAAUUUUGCAUCUUCAAUUCACCUCACUUGUAUUUUUUUGGACUGUGGGAGGAAACCGGAGCACCGGGAGUAAACCCAUGCAGACACGGGGAGAACAUGCAAACUCCACAAAGAGGCCACACAAACACAGGACCUUGCUGUGAGGCAACAGUGCUACCCACUUAGCCACUGUGCCGCCCCACCAGUUUAAUGUCAAACACAGUCAUGGACAAUUUUGUAUCUCCAGUUAACCUGCCUGCAUGUCUUUGGACUGUAGGGGGGAAACCGGAGCUCCCUGACGAAACCCACACAGACAAGCCCCUUGUCUUGAACAUGCAAACUUCACACCGAAAGGGCCCGGACCGCCCCACCUGGGGAUCAAACCCAGGACCUUCUUGCUGUGAGGUGACAGUGCUACACUGAGCCACCGUGUCGCCCGGUACUGUUUAUACUGACUGUGGAUCCUAAACGUUUAUUGUAAAUCAUUUUAUACUUAUAAAAUACUUAUAGAAGGUGGAUAAAGUUCAAAAAACGAUGCAGUG